GAUCUCUCUUUUCACAUUUCUCCCUAGAUUGCGAAAUUAUGGACUACAUCGACGCAUUUGGGAAGUUUGAAAAUCUUAGUGAAGAAACAUACUCAUCUUCUCAUUCCUACACUUCUCUACCAGCUAGUGAUGAAACAAGAAUUGUUGGAGGAAAUCUCUUGAAACCCAAGAAAAAGGGUCUCAUAGUUGUUUUAUCCGCUGUUAUGUCAUUAGCAUUAUUCGGUGUAGUUUUACUCGGGAAAUCGAGAACAACAACAUCUUCAUCGCCACUAGUUGUCGAUGAAACAAUAGUAAGCAGAGGAGUGACAGAAGGAGUGUCCGAAAAAGCGUUCCUACAGUUUUAUGGAGAUGGUGAUACAGAUGGGAAGAUUAUUUCGUAUCCAUGGACAAACUAUAUGUUAUCCUGGCAAAGAACAGCUUAUCAUUUUCAACCAGAGAAAAACUGGAUGAACGAUCCUGAUGGUCCAUUGUUCUACAAGGGGUGGUACCAUCUAUUUUAUCAAUACAAUCCAUAUGGAGAAAUUUGGGGAAACAUUGUCUGGGGCCAUGCUGUAUCACGAGACCUGAUUCACUGGUUAUAUCUCCCAGAAGCUAUGGUUCCUGAUCACUGGUAUGACAGUAAUGGUGUCUGGACCGGCUCAGCGACUCUUCUACCUGAUGGUUCCAUUGUCAUGAUUUACACAGGAUCAACAAAUGAAUCCGUUCAAGUCCAAAAUGUUGCAUUUCCUGUUAACUUAUCUGACCCACUUCUCAUCAAGUGGGUCAAAUACUCAGGUAAUCCGAUUCUGUACCCGCCGCCAGGUAUCGGACUAAAAGACUUUCGUGAUCCCACCACAGCGUGGUACACACCAAAAAAGAAGUGGAGGAUAACAGUUGGUUCGAAACUCGGUACUACAGGGACUUCUCUAGUAUAUGAAACUGUAGACUUCCUUAACUAUACAUUGUUAGAUAAAGUUUUACAUAAAGUUCCGGACACCGGAAUGUGGGAAUGCGUCGACUUUUAUCCAGUGUCAAUGACCGGAGAUAAUGGGCUCGACACCUCCGUAAACGGACCUGGAGUCAAGCAUGUAUUGAAAGCUAGUUUGGAUGAUAUUAAAAAAGAUUAUUAUGCAUUGGGAAGUUAUGAUGUCGUCAGUGAUGUUUGGACACCAGAUGAUGCUGAGAUGGAUGUGGGGAUUGGACUUCGUUAUGACUACGGGAAGUUCUAUGCGUCAAAAACAUUUUAUGACCAGAAAAAGAAGAGAAGAAUAUUAUGGGGCUGGAUUGGUGAGACUGAUAGUGAACAUACUGAUAUUGAGAAGGGUUGGGCAUCAGUUCAGGCUAUUCCAAGAACGGUGUUGUUUGAUGGCAGAACCACGACCAAUUUACUUCAAUGGCCAGUUGAAGAGCUGGAAAGUUUAAGAUUGAACAGUUUAGAGUUUAACAAUAUUGACAUCCAAACUGGGUCACUGGUACCUCUAGAUGUUGGCACUGCUACGCAGCUAGACAUAACAGCGGAAUUUGAGAUAAAUGAGAAAUCUUUAGAUGGAAUGACGGAAGAAGCUGACGUAGGGUAUAAUUGCACCACCAGUGGGGGUGCUGCCGGAAGAGGCAGAUUGGGUCCAUUUGGGCUAUUGGUUCUUGCAGAUAAGACUCAAUCCGAACAAACGGCUGUGUAUUUUUAUGUUGCGAAGGAUAUAUAUGGAGACCUCAAGACUUUCUUCUGCACCGACGAAUCUAGGUCUUCAGAGGCUAAUGACGUAGGUAAACAAGUUUAUGGGAGCAUAGUUCCUGUACUCGAUGGAGAUAAAUUAUCUAUGAGAAUACUGGUCGAUCACUCUAUAGUAGAAUCAUUUGCUCAAGGUGGACAAACAUGUAUAACUGCUCGCGUGUAUCCCACAAAAGCUAUUUAUGACGCAGCUCGAUUGUUCCUCUUCAACAAUGCUACAAAAAUAAAUAUCAAGGCCACUUCAAUCAAGAUAUGGCAAAUGGAUUCUGCAUUCAUUCGCCAAUACUAAGACACCAUGAACGGUUGUUUAGUAUAUUAAUAGUGUGUUGUAGAGAACUGGAGUUGGGAUGGCCACCCAAGCCCAUGUUUAAUUGAAUAAUAAUUGUGUAAGUUAAAAAUAAGGGAAAUAAAUAGACGAUAUGGAUUGAAUC